AUCAACAUCAAUACACAAAUAAGAGACAAGGUACAAAUUCCAAGUAUAGUUAGUUGUUCUACAAGAUCUAAAAUUAUCAAGAAAGAGUUCAAAAUUUAAGUUACCAUCACCAUAUUUCAGUUUUAUCUUUAACUGAUAGCAAACAAUGGACAUGGCCAUUCAACCACAAAAGACUCGAGGUUACCAAAUGCCAUUGAAGCCUGGUGUCUGGUUAAAGAGAAGAAUUGUAAAAGUUACUUAUCCUGGCGAAGGAAAGGGACCAAUUGAAGACGGGCAUGGUUCAUUCCUGGACACAGACGAGGACAACUUACGUGGUAGCUUUCAUCUACUCGGCCCUUUAAAUUCAAAUAUAAACAUGUUGAAGGCUUUGGCACCAGGGCAAACUAAGAUGUCUCAAAUUCAAACAAAACCUGUGGAAGGAAUGCAGACAGACGUUGGAGAUCACAUGUUGGAGAUCUGCCGUGUGGUAGAGAGAACACAUGUGAUAUACAAGCUGACGUCUCAACUUUAUGAACAGUCUUCUAUUAUAGUUGAAGGGGUGGUAAAUGAUGAUGCUCUAUGGUUUCAAGUGAACUUCAAUAAACUCACUGACAUUAAAGCUGUCGAUGGCCCGCUAGGCUCUUCAUUUACUGUUUGGUUUUAUAAUAACACCACAGAACAUUCUACUACAAUGAUUAAUGGCACUUCCACCAAUAAAGAAAUAUCAGAUGCUGAAAAAUUUCCGUUCCGUCAAGGACAGCCGUUCUACCUCGAAUUCUACAUCACAGAAGCUGGGUUUAUGGUGGCUGUGGGUGGUCAGCACUACAGGUUAUUAAAACACAGAGAACCUUUAAGCGAUAUCGCCAAAUUUGAAAUUCAUGGUCAUUUAACUUCGACCAACGUCCACUUCCAGAACACCUCCAAGUACCCUUCCCCUCUGAUACAGACAAAACCUGUGGAAGGAGGGCAGACAGAUGUUGGACAUCCUAUGUUGGAGAUCUACAAAGUGUUUGAGAUGACAUAUGUGGUAUACAAGCUGAAGUCUCAACUUGAUGAACAGUCUUCUAUCAUAGUUGAAGGGGUGGUGAAUGAUAAUGCUAAUAGGUUUGAAGUGGAAUUCUUGAUUGGAAAUGAAGGAGAAGAUUAUUGGUUUCCCGUUGCAUUCCAAUUUGUUUCAAAUGUUAAAAAAGAAUACACAUACAAAAGUAACUUUUUGGAAAAGAGGGGUGAUAAGGAGCGAUCAGUUGCUGAAAAGUUUCCGUUCCGUCGAGGACAGCCGUUCUACCUCGAAUUCUACAUCACCGAAGCCGAGUUUAAGGUGGCUGUGGAUGGUCAGCACUACGACUCCUACAAACACAGAGUACCUUUCAAGGAUAUCACCAGAAUCAGAAUUCUCGGUCAUAUAACUCUGAACGAUGUACACUUCCAGAACACCUCCAAGUACCCUUCCCCAAUGAUACAGGGAGUGUGGAUACCUGAAGAGGAUUAUAAUACGGAACAGCAUGGCGAAAUACUUAUUAAAUCUCCUAAUAUACCAGCGAGAGGUAGCAAGGAGGUGAACAAGGGCAACACCAAUUAAUUAGACAGGAGGCAGAAAGUUGUGUUGAUGUGAUACAAACGACAAAUCCAGUACGAGACAAUUGGACAAAACAAGGGGAAAAAAAUUAAUUGGAAAGAUACCUCAGUAGACAGCUGAUGCAAGGCAUUACAAACAUAUCAUGAUAAUAUACACAUGUUGAUGUAAACAAACAAUGCUUGUGUUAAACUCAAUGAAUGGAACUAACACUUACAUUAUACAAAAAUAUAAAAACAAACUGUUAAACACACAAA